UCUCUGUCUAGGGUUUAAGCCUAAACCCCUCCAACACAGUUCAAAAUUCUCUAAGUUUCAGCACAAAUUGAACACCAUCCAUGAAUGAUCAGACAAACCCUCAAAUUCUUCGCUCGCUUGCGAAGAACCUCAAAGCCCCAGUGUCCUUUGACCUACAACAAGCUCCUCCAUGAUCUCAAUAGGUCCAACUGCGGUGACCUCUCUCUCAAAAUCCUCUCUGAUUUGGUCUCCAAAGGGUACAAUCCUCACCCCUCUUCAUUCAAUUCAGUUAUCUUCUUUUUGUGUAAACUGGGUCAUGUUAACUCGGCCCAGAAGCUCACAAUUUCAAUGCCGAUUUUCGGGUGCCGGCCCGAUAUUGUAACAUACAAUUGUUUGAUUAAUGGCUACUGUAAACUAUGUGAUAUUGAUGAGGCUUGUUUAGUGAUGAAGAGGAUUAGGGUAGGAGGGUGUAGGCCUGAUUUGGUUACUUUUAAUACAUUGUUUAGUGGGUUCUGUAAGGUUAAGAUGAGGAAAGAUGUGUUUGUGUAUAUGGGUUUGAUGUGGAAGUGUUUUGAACCGAAUGUGAUUAGUUAUAGUACAUUGAUAGAUAUGUUUUGCAAGAUGGGGGAUUUGGAUUUGGGAUAUAGGGUUUAUGGUUAUAUGGUGAAGGAUAAGGUGUUGCCGAAUUUGUUUGCUUUUACUUGUUUGAUUGAUGGGUAUAGUAAGGCUAGUAAUUUGGAGGUUGCGAUUGAAUUGCUUGAGGGAAUGAAGAAAUCGUUAGUUUUACCGAAUGUGGUGACUUACGGUGCUUUGAUUGAUGGGCUGUGCAAGAAUGGGAAGUUGGAAAGAGCUGAGCGUUUGUUUUGUGAAAUGGUGGAAGAUGGGGUUCGGCCUAGUUCAGCGGUUUACACUUCAAUGAUAGAUGGGCAUUUCAAGAAAGGAAAUGUAGGUGAGGCCAUGAAGUAUAUGAGAUAAAUGCAGGAUGGAGGGGUUAGUCUUGAUGCCGCUGCAUAUGGAGUGGUGAUCUCAGGCCUCUGUAAUAAUGGUCAGUUUGAUAAUGCAAUGCGGGUUGUUACAGAUUUUGCCACGAGUGGUUUUUCUCCAGAUAAGAUGUUGUUGACGACCAUUAUGGAUGCGUGUUUCAAAGCCGGCAAUUUGAAAGCAGGUUUGGGUGUCUACAGAUUGUUAGCAAAGGGUUUUGAACCAGAUGCUGUGGUGCUUUCAGCUUUGAUGGAUGGCUUAUGCAAGCAUGGAGAUUUGGAGGAGGCAAGAAACUACUUCUGCAAGGAAAAGGCUAAUGAAAUUUCAUAUACUGUGCUUAUUGAUGGGAUGUGUAAGGAAGAAAACUUUAGUGAAGUUGAGACGAUCUUCAGUGAGAUGUCCGAAAUGGGGUUUAUUCCAGACAAAUAUGUAUACACUUCUUGGAUUGCUGGGCUAUGCAGACAGGGUAAUCUGGUCGAGGCUUUUAGACUCAAGAAUAAAAUGGUUAAAGAGGGCAGCAGCCCUGAUCUGUUUACUUAUAGCUCACUUGUUUUUGGUUUAGCAAGUAAGGGACUCAUGGUUGAAGCACAACAGGUUUUCGAUGAUAUGUUGAAAAGAGGAAUUACUCCUGACCGUCAUGUCUUUGGUAUUCUGAUAAGAGGGUAUUGUGAUGAGGGUAAUGAUGUUGCCAUUUUAGGUUUGCAUGAUGAAAUGAGAAAGAGAGGGCUUGUAGUCACAGGAGGUAAAGGAGAUGGAGAGCAUUGAUUUGUGAUAGCAUGUAAGGCUCCACAAGACCCAAGGACUUUGCAGGGUAUUCCAUAAAGAAACUUGCUGUCAUGUAGCGCAGGCAUACCCUGCACUGCUAUCCAUAAGAAAGUCGUCUUCAAGAGGGAAAGCUGGCUCAGAGUUCUUGCAAUUAUGGAAUUAUUGGAAUGUUCCAUCUGCGGUCCUCGCAUUGGUGUGGAGCAAGGACCUCCAGUUAUAUGUGCCUCGUUCUGUGACAGGGCCUUCAAGGCUUGUGCCGAGGCUUACUACUUGAGGGAUGCAAUAACACAGGUUCUAGCACGGUUGUGGUAGGCAUCUGAGUGGAUCCGUAAUGACACAGAGUUAUGCCAUGCUGAGGUGUUUGCUGUUAAAGAUUAUACAUCUGAGGGCAUGGAAGAAACACUUUGCUAUGGUGUUUAAACCCAGUUUGAUUUGAUUGCAGAUUCAUGGAAGGGUCUCAUAGUCUAAGGUGCCACAGAAGCUUGAGAGCUUGAGGCUGUUAGAGAAAUUCCAGCAGAGAGUGAGGAAAUGCCAAUCAGCUCCAUGAACAAGCUGUUUUUCCAUUAUCUACUAAGAAACUUGAAGCCGAGAUGAAGCAGAAAUCUUCUAAUGUCAAUUUACAAGAGCUGUAUCCAUAUUGUAUUAGCUUUUUUCUCAUGGCAGUGAAUCAUGUAUCAGUGGAGUAUCAAUUACCGAGUUUCUGUUUUGAUUAUUUUGGAGAUCGCAAUAGAAGGUUUUCUUAUUGGCAUUUAUUCUGACCUUCCCAGUCAUAUUUCUGUUUGCCACUAUAUUUGUGAACAUGGGCAAUAUUAUAUGCCGACUAUUUGUCUCAGACUCUCAGUUAAACAAAGUAUGCUAUAUUGAUCAAUAUCUCAACUGGGAGCAUUGUA